AUGAUGCUUGCCCAUGCUACCGGACGGUUAAAUCAGACCGCGCCUAUUCAGACAGUUGUUUGCAUUCCCUUCAUGGGUGGUGUGCUCGAGCUCGGGACGUCGGAUUUGGUAUUGGAGGACCCGAACAUGGUGAACCAGAUCGGCACAUCUUUCUGGGAGCUACCCUUCUCGGCAUGCUCGGAGUCUGAGGUGCCAAGCUCUAGUCCAUCGACAAACGAAACAGGGAACGGGGAGGUAGACAUCGUCAUGUUAGAAGACCUCGAUCACAAUGUCGUCGAUGGGAUGAUCUCUAAGCUUGGGGAGGUCGAGUGCAUGUCCGACAUCAACCUCGAUCAUGUCUCUGAGGAAGUGGACAAGUUCUAUGGCCUCAUCAAGGAGUUGGACAUGCGUUCUCUUGAGGACAACUGGGUCAUGGAAAGGUCAUUUGAGUACAUGUCUUCCUUGGAAAUGGCACCAGACAUGGAUGCACCAAGCAUUGACGAUGCCGUCAUCACUUUAAGUAGCUUUGUUAAAGGCUCUCAUCCAUCAUGUUUUACGGUGUGGAAGAGGUCAUCUGACUGGGAACACGUGGUUGCGCGGGUCACCGGGGAGUCACAAAAGUUGUUGAAGAAAGCUGUAGCCGGUGGUGCAUGGAUAGCGAGACCUCAAGAAAGUAACAUCAAGACACAUGUCCUGUCGGAAAGAAGGCGUCGGGAGAAGCUCAAUGAUAUGUUCCUAGUUCUCAAGUCAAUGAUCCCGUCCAUUAACAAGAUGGACAAAGCAUCCAUCCUUGCAGAAACUAUAACUUAUCUCAGAGAGCUAGAACAGAGGGUAGAAGAGCUACAAUCUAGCAGGACACCAUCAUUGCGCCCGAACGAAGCACCAGGACAAGGGCUCCAUGAGGUUGUCGGCAAGAAGAAGAUCAAGCUAUCAACUAGAUCCAAGAGGAAGGCGCUAGAGAUGGAGAGGGAGGAUGACGAUUGCCCAAACAAUGUCGUUAAUGUGACCGUGAUGGAGAAGGAGGUGCUCUUGGAGGUUCAGUGCCGAUGGAAGGAGUUGUUGAUGACACGGGUGUUCGACGUUAUCAAGAGCCUCCGCCUGGACAUCGUCUCUAUGCACGCAUCCACACCAGAAGGUCAUCUUGAUCUCAAGAUACGAGCUACUCAGCAGUUUGCAGUCGGUUAUGCUGCCAUUGCACCUGGGAUGAUCACUGAAGCACUUCAGAAAGCUAUAUGCAACCGCUAA